CAAUUUUGACAGUCAGUGGAUACAGGUGAAUACAAAACCAGACAUUACAAAGAAACAGGCUAAUCAACAAUUCAAAGGGAGGAGAACCUGUGCGCAAGAGCUUACAAUCUUUAAGGAAAUACUGGUGACACAAAAAGCGUUGCUAAAAUGGAUCUUCCGGUGAGAAUCUUGCCUUUGCUGUUGCUCACGUUUCUUCCCAUGCAUUGUAAUGGGUAUCCAAAUGGUAAAGUGGAACAAGCUUGUAAGACAAUGACGCCAUUGCAUGGUGCAGAUGCUGAUCCUUCCUUUCCUCCAUAUAGUCUUAGCUUUUCUAGUGUGAACCACACAGGAAUAUUGGGAUUCAGAGUCACUCUUAACAAAGAACCUGGUACAAGCGACUUCAAAGGCUUCUUGAUUCAGGCUCGUGCACCUGGUGGUGACACCCCCCAGGGCACAUUCGUAGUCAUGACCUCAGAUGCACAGACCCUGAGUUGUACUACUCUUGAUAGUGCCGUGAGUCACACAUCUCGCUCGAUGAAAUCAAAUGCAUCAGUGAUCUGGCUUCCUCCAUCAAAAGCCUCUACAGACAUACAAUUCAGGGCUACAGUGGUGCAAUCUAAGAACAUGUUUUGGACAAAUGUAUUAAGUGAUAUCAUCCCACUUGCUGGUGCAGGACCGCAACAUUCGGCUUCCUCCUUAAUCCAACUACUCCUGUGCAGCACUGCCCUCUUCUAUGGUCUGUUCACCUUCUGAAUAGUGCAAAUCCAACUUGAUGCACCAUUUGAAGGCCCUAAAAACUCUAGUGAUAUUUUCAAUGUUGAUUCUGCUUGUCAUGUGAAGACUCAAAGCCAAAAAUAUUAUUUUCUGUAUGUGUUUCUAAAAAGCUUUUUAAGACAAGUGUCCUAUGAUGAAGUGAAUAGCUGCUUCGAAGUUCAGCUUCAGGCUCUUUACACCCUACAACCAUGUAUUCUGUUCCUAACAAUAGCUGCGAUAGAUCUUUCACAUAAAUGUCAUGAUGUCAGAUUUCCAUUUGGUUUCUACUGUUCUUGAUGGCAUGAACAGUGCUGCAGGCUACAAUAUAUUUUUGGCAAUAACAUUGGAAUCUGAUUUGAACAAAACUCAGUGCCAGUAUGAACAGAGCCUUGCCUAGUCUAUCAAUAUACCUCAUGCUUUGCCAUUGCUUUUGUCCACAUAUUAUGACAAUAAUAUUACAUUUUUU